AACCUCUGUGAACUAAAUGAAUCUCUCUGUCUCUUUUUGAACAGGGUCUCAUGUAGCUAUCUUAACAAAAAUAUUACAUUCAAGAUCGAUGAGAGCAGCAAUAACCCUUAUUAUUUAGCUUUUGAAAUACUGUACCAGCAAGGAAAGAUGGACAUUACAGCUGUGCAGCUCUGUGAGACACAAAACUUUGUUUGUAAACUAUUGGAUAGGACUCAUGGAGCAGUAUGGACAACCACCUCGCCACCAAGCGGGCCUUUAUCGAUAAGGAUGCUAUUUAGUGCCAAUGAUGAAGAUGAGACAUGGGUAGUUCCAGUCAAUAACAUACCAGGAAAUUGGAAACCUGGAGACACAUAUGACUCAGGAGUACAAGUAAAUGCAUAGCCAAAGAAACUGAAUGUUGUCAUUCUACGGUCAAUAAGUCCUCGGUGUUCUUGUGCUUUAUUUUUUAUUCGUUUCGUAUCCAAAUUUAGUCAGGAGAUGGUACAAGAAGUUGGCGUUCUACAGUUAGUCAUUCCAUUACUGCUCACUAGUAAAAGUAACCAGGAGAAGAAUUAUAGGUUUGUAGUAAUUCUCUACCGUAGACUGUGGACUAAUUGUAUCCUCCUCCUAUGUCAAAACAAUUGAUUGCAUAUGAAUAAAUUGGAUGCAAGACAUAAUUAUUUUUCUUUCAA